UGUGGCGCGAAAGUCCUUCGUUGUCCAAGAAAGUCUCCAUUGCAGCAACGAACGCAAACAUCAUGGACGUUACAGACAGCAAUCCUGCCGUUGCAGUUGGGGGAACGCAGCCUGUUAAAGAUGAAAUGGCGGAGAAAUGCCAGAAGCUUUUUCAGGACUUCUUGGAGGAGUUUCAGGGUAGCGAUGGAGAAGUUAAAUACAGGAGCGAUGCUGAGGAACUCAUACGCCCAGAGAGAAACACUCUACUUGUCAGCUUCUUAGAUCUGGAACAAUUUAAUCAGCAACUGGCAACAACAGUACAAGAAGAAUUUUACAGAGUUUACCCAUACUUGUGCAGAGCAGUCAGAGCUUUUGCAAGAGACCACGGGAACAUUCCCCAAAACAAGGAGUUUUAUAUUGCUUUCCAAGAUCUUCCAACAAGACAUAAGAUAAGAGAGCUGACCACACCUCGCAUUGGUUCUUUGUUGCGCAUUAGUGGUCAGGUUGUCCGGACCCACCCAGUACAUCCUGAGCUUGUAAGUGGGACAUUUUUGUGUCUGGAUUGCCAAACUAUAGUGAAGGAUGUGGAGCAGCAGUUCAAAUACACACAGCCAAGUAUCUGCAGGAAUCCUGUGUGCGCCAAUAGGAAAAGAUUCAUGUUGGACACAAACAAAUCAAGAUUUGUUGAUUUUCAGAAGGUUCGUAUACAGGAGACACAAGCAGAGCUGCCACGGGGCAGUAUUCCACGUAGUGUAGAAGUGAUCUUGCGUGCAGAAGCUGUUGAGUCUUGUCAGGCUGGAGACAGAUGUGAUUUCACUGGCUCACUGAUCGUUGUCCCUGAUGUAUCUCAGCUGGCAACACCAGGAGUUCGGGCAGAAACCAACUCCAGAGUCGGAGGGGGUGAAGGAUAUGAAGCAGAAGGAGUGAGUGGCCUCCGAGCUCUUGGUGUCCGGGAUUUGUCUUAUAAACUUGUCUUCCUUGCCUGCCAUGUAUCGGCAACAAAUCCAAGGUUUGGUGGCAAGGAUCUACAUGAUGAGGAACUUACAGCAGAGAGCAUUAAAAACCAGAUGUCUGUAAAGGAGUGGGAAAAGGUGUUUGAAAUGAGUCAAGACAAAAAUCUCUACCAUAAUCUUUGUACCAGUCUCUUCCCAACUGUACAUGGCAAUGACGAAGUAAAGAGAGGCAUUCUGCUAAUGCUGUUUGGUGGUGUCCCUAAAACCACAAUGGAAGGCACCUCUCUGCGUGGUGACAUUAAUGUGUGCAUUGUUGGGGAUCCAAGUACAGCAAAAAGCCAGUUCCUCAAGCAUGUUGAGGAGUUCAGUCCCCGUGCUGUGUACACAAGUGGGAAAGCUUCUACUGCCGCUGGUUUAACAGCAGCUGUUGUAAAAGAUGAAGAGUCUCAUGAGUUUGUAAUUGAGGCUGGAGCGCUGAUGUUGGCUGACAAUGGUGUUUGCUGUAUUGAUGAGUUUGACAAAAUGGAUUUGAAGGAUCAAGUAGCCAUUCAUGAAGCCAUGGAACAACAAACUAUUUCAAUUACUAAAGCAGGUGUUAAGGCCACACUGAAUGCACGAACUUCAAUCCUGGCAGCUGCAAAUCCCGUUGGGGGUCGAUAUGAUAGGGCAAAGUCCCUAAAACAAAAUGUGAACUUGUCUGCUCCAAUUAUGUCAAGAUUCGAUCUUUUCUUCAUUCUAGUAGAUGACUGUAAUGAGGUGACUGAUUACGCCAUUGCUCGACGUAUUGUUGACCUACAUUCUAGAAUUGAAGACUCUAUUGAUAGAGUGUAUUCUUUAGAUGAUAUCAGAAGGUACCUGCUGUUUGCCAGGCAAUUUAAGCCAAAGAUCUCUAAAGAGUCAGAGGACUUCAUAGUGGAGCAGUACAAGCGACUGCGCCAGAGAGAUGGUUCUGGAGUUUCCAAGUCAGCCUGGAGGAUUACAGUGCGACAGCUGGAAAGCAUGAUACGGUUGUCGGAGUCCAUGGCAAGGAUGCACUGUAGUGAUGAGGUACAACCAAAACAUGUAAAAGAAGCAUUUCGGUUAAUAAACAAGUCUAUCAUAAGAGUUGAGACCCCAGAUGUUAACUUGGACCAAGAAGAUGAACAUGAAAUAGAAGAGCAGCCUCAAAUAAAUGGUGAUGCUGCUAUACCGAAUGGUAUAAAUGGUCAUGAAAAUGGAGUCAUCGAUCAUACAGAUGAUGAAAUAAAGGAAACUGCAAAGCCCUCACUACGUCUCAGCUUUGCUGAAUAUAAGCGGAUAUCAAACUUGCUUGUCCUUCAGCUAAGAAAACGUGAAGAUGAAGAGGAUUCUUCACAAAAGAAGAGUGGCCUUAUUAAUUGGUACUUAAAAGAAAUAGAGGCUGAAAUAGACUCUGAAGAAGAAUUAAUUAAUCGGAAGCAGAUCAUAGAGAAAGUCAUCCAUAGACUUGUACACUAUGACCACAUUUUAAUUGAAAUCACACAGACUGGUUUAAAAGAUUCUACAGAUGAGAGGGAGCAGACAGAAGAUGACCCUUACUUAGUGGUUAAUCCCAAUUACAUACUGGAAGAUUAGGAAAAAAUACUUUUGCCUUUCUCACAUUUCAACUGUAUUAUAAACUUUAAGAGCUUUUCUAGUGCUUGAAAUUGACUUUUCUAAUCUGGAUUUUCAUCAUUUGGAUACAUUUAUAACAAAUAUUUCUGCUUUGUAUGGACUGAGGAAACCAUGUUUUGGAAGCUAUUAUGGACUGGAUUUUAAAGGUCAACUCUGGAUUUUAUUGUUGCAUAAAUGCCUUGCGUGAUGUACUUUGUCUGGGUUUUUUUGUUUGUUUUUUUAAAUUUUUAAUUAUGACCUCUUGUACAUUUUUAUUUUUACAGCUAAUAAAAAUUGUAAACUUUG